GCGAUGGUGACCGUGGUGACGAAGCUGGUGCAGUACCUGCACCUGAGCCGCAGGUCUGGCCAGUAUACAAUGAACCAUGAAAACUCCAAGAAGACCCCUGAUGGAGCACCGUUUGAUCGCUCGGGUUCCCAGGACUCCUUGGAUGAAUUGUCUAUGGAUGACUACUGGAAAGAACUUGAAAAUAUUCAUGAAACCAGGGGAAAUAAUCAUGAGGAACAGGAAGCACUUGUGGUGAAAGAGCCAGAUGAGGGGGAAUUGGAGGAAGAAUGGCUGAAGGAGGCCGGCCUGUCAAAUCUCUUUGGGGAGACUGGGGACUCCCUGGAGAGUAUGGUGUUUCUGUCCACCUUGACGCGAACCCAGAAGGCAGCCGUCGAGAAGCGAGUAGAGACUGUCACACAAACCAUGAGGAAAAAGAACAAGCAGCACCAGAUUCCUGAUGUCCGAGAUAUCUUCAGGCUACAAAACGAUUCAAAGGGAAAAGUCUGUGAUGGAAUCGAACCCUCAACUGUGAGAACAUCUGAAAACAAAAACGAAACACAAGAUGAAGCAAAAGGUCCAAAGUUCAGCCUUGGGACGGAUGAUCGGAGCAGCCCCCUGGAAGACACGCGGCUCUCCGAAACUGCCAUCAACUUGGAGAUAGCGUUUUCGGAGCAGGCGGCCAGCCUCAAAGACAGCUCUGUGGGCAGAGUGGGCAAGGCUGGAGGAGACGACACUCUUCUUCCUAACUUCAAACUGCCGAAGGACAAAACGGGCACCACGAAGAUUGGUGACCUGGCCCCUCAGGAUAUGAAGAAAGUCUACUCGUUAGCACUCAUUGAAUUAACUGCUCUCUAUGACAUACUUGGGACAGAAUUCAAGCAGCAAAAAGCUGCAAAAAUCAAAACCAAAGACUCUGGCUUGUUUGGUGUCCCACUUGCAGUUUUGCUGGAACAGGAUCAGAGGAAGGUGCCUGGCACCAAGACCCCACUGAUUUUUCAAAAGCUGAUUUCCCAGAUAGAAGAGGCAACACUGGAAACAGAAGGACUGCUUAGAAUACCCGGAGUUGCAACCAGAGUAAAGAGUCUUUGCCAAGAACUGGAAGCAAAAUUUUAUGAAGGGACUUUCAACUGGGAGAAUGUAAAGCAGCACGACGCGGCGAGUCUUCUGAAACUCUUCAUCCGAGAGCUGCCCCAGCCACUUCUCACUGUGGAGUAUCUCAAAGCUUUCCAAGAUGUGCAGAACCUUCCAACGAAGAAGCAGCAGCUACAAGCCUUGAAUCUUUUGGUUCUCCUUCUACCUGAAGCAAACAGAGACACCCUGAAGGUACUGCUUGAAUUCCUCCAAAGGGUAAUUGAUCAUCGAGACAAAAACAAAAUGACGCUGAAGAACGUUGCAAUGGUGAUGGCCCCAAACCUUUUCACAUUUCAUGGGUUUGGCUCCAAGUCUGUUGAACAAAGCGAGUUUGUUAUGGCAGCUGGAACAGCAAACGUCAUGCGCUUUAUGAUUCAGUACCAGAAGCUUCUCUGGACAAUUCCUAAGUUUAUUGUUAACCAAGUGAGAAAACAGAACACUGAAAGCCAAAAGAAGGAGAAAAAGGACAAARCUAUGAAGAAACUUCUGAAAAAGAUGGCAUAUGAUCGGGAAAAGCAUGAGAAGCAAGACAAGACCACUAAUGAUGCUGAUGUUCCGCAGGGAGUGAUACGGGUGCAAGCGCCUCAUCUUUCCAAAGUUUCCAUGGCAAUACAGCUGACGGAAGAACUGAAAGCCGCUGAUAUAGUAGCCAGGUUUCUCAGCCAGAAAAGUGGAAACGUCCAAACACUCAAGAGAGAAGAGGUCUUUCUGUACGAAAUAGGAGGAAAUAUUGGAGAACGCUGCCUUGAUGAUGACACCUACAUGAAGGACCUGUACCAGCUCAACCCGAACGCUGAAUGGGUUAUAAAACCUAGGAGUAGCUAAGCUCACAACAGAAGGCAAAAGAACAACCUGUGGACUUACUUUGUAAAGCUGGAUGUUUCAAAGGGAUAGUGUGUCCUUUCACCACUGARAUUUAUUUCUACUGUGUUGUAUAUAAAUUAAUAGAAUCUUGCCUAGUUAAAGAAAAAAGAAGGAAAUGGAUACACAACAGUGAUUACUAGUAAAUUUUCACUUUUACUUACAGCAAAAUAUUGGAGAAAGAACAAUUUUCCCACUCAUAUUUGGAAUGAGACUAAGUAAGUUAGAUAUUUUAAUGGAACUAAUCUACCAUAAUGAUACUCCCAUCUGGUAGAUCUUGUUUCAGAAGAAUUUAUUKCUCAAACAGAUGUUUAACCUUUGUGUAUUAGAGAUCUACAGUCUGUUUGUGUAGAAGUGUGGGCUCAUAAAGGUUUUUACAGUGUUAGCACACUGGAGAACCAAAUUCUGAUCAGCACUUCUGAAUGGUACAGUAUUAAAAAUACUUAAAACCAGUCACAUGAAUUUCCCAAGUGUGAAAUGCACAGGAAACAACGGCAAUGCAAUACAUACUGUCUUUGUCUUUGAAAGUCCUAUUUUUUC